AUGCCACUAGAUCAUUUCCCCUUACAGAGCAUUUAUGAAAAGGAAAUUACGGCUAACGUGUUUCACACCUCAUACGGUCUCCUUUUCGCUAUCAAUGAUAAUAAUCUUUUGGGUGUCUCUACAAAACAUAGACUCAAACUACUCCAACAAAGAGAAUGGUUAGCUAGCUCUCCGUUAUUAUGUUGGCCUUACGCUACCCCUUCAAAAGAUUCAGAUUGA